UUGGUAAUAUUUUGGAGAGGCAAUUUAAAAAUAUAUUGGCGUUCCAAAAGGCCGGCCGAGACCCCUCCAAGCUCCUUCCUUAUCGGAAACCUGCCGGCUGCACCCGCCACUCUCAUUUCGGACUUGUUUUAGUUUCCUCAUCGCCAUGCUUCGCCUCUGAUUUUUCUCCAAUUUCUUCCCUCCAGAUUUCUCUCUAAACUCAUCAAUUUUAUUCGCUACAAGUCAUUGAUCCUUUCGAGGUUUGCACCAAUUCGAUCGACUCACUGGAACGUGGUCAAACCAUACUCAUUUUCGGCCACGGGCGGUGACAGCAACGCUCACGCUCCAGCUGAACGCAUGCAUUUCAUUCUUUUCCUCAAUUGAAGGUUUGCCUAGAAGGUUUUCUUUGGAAGCGCUUGAGGUUGCAACGGACAAUUUCAAAGUUUUUUAUAUUUUCUCCAUUUUCCUUCUCCUUCUCAGCUUCACUUCCCCUCUGUCUGCGAUAAAUUUAAUCUUGACAUCUUCGGCCUUUCUGCAAAUAGGAGUGAUGACCAGCAUGGUGUUGCGAGCUGAGAAAUGAGUGCAAAUAGAAAUAUGGAACUGCGUUUUUACUGUAUCUGCAUUCUGCACCAUUGAUGCAUUCUUUGGAGAGCCCAUUUUCUUGAAAACCCUUGAAUUAUUUGAGCUAAUAUUGGAGUUGAAUUUUGCUUCUGUUUCUCAUUAGUAAUUGAGUUCAUUUUAUUGAGGAAGAGAUAUGGGAAGCCAAGAAAAUGUUAAACAUAUUGAGGAUUGCUCAGUUUCAAAUGCGUUGGGUACUUGGGUAUUCUCAGUAGCAGGAGCGUUGCUAGCAAUUCCAGUGGGAAUAAAGAGGAAGUCACUUGCACCCCUUGUCUUUUUUGGCACAACUGGUACUAUGCUUGACAUUAUAAUGGGAAUUAGUGCUUGUGAAAGAGAACAUGCUGAGCGUCAAAUGAAGCUAUUAGAGGAAGCUCAAAACUCUGCAACUGAAGCUUUUCUUAACGAUUCCAAUUCCGAUUCUUGAUUUUGUGCCUACACGGGUGAUACAACCGUUCAUGUCGUGCCUAAUGACCUUUUCUUCCCUCAACUGUGUGUUAUUAAAUGAUGAACACCAACACCCUUGUGGCAUGCCCUUUGGCUGGGUUUGUUCAGCCUUCUUUCAAAUCACAGUGACAUUGCAUCAGUUAUAACCGUCUGCCUUGGCUUUAUUGAUUUGCAAUAAAAUUAUAUUUUAGUUACCAAAAUACAAAUUUUCAUUUGCAUUAAGAUUUUAUAAACUACUUUGAGUUUUUAGUUCCAUUGUUCCCUUGAAGAACUCAGUGUUUCUGAUGGAAAUCCAAUUGGUAUGAAAUAUGUAUAUCAUUGAUAGAAAUGUAGGAAUGAAUUCCUGAA